UUCGGCGCUUUUGUGAAUAUCAUCAAAGCGGUACUGGGCACCGGGAUACUAGCAGCGCCCAUGGCCAUCAGAAAUGCCGGCUAUUUGCCCGCCAUCAUAUGCAUCAACAUAAUAGGCGUCUUCAUAAUACACUCGAAAUUCAUACUGUUAUCAGGUAUGUAUGAGCUGGCCAAACGCAAGCAAAUGCCACUGCUAACUUAUGGCCAAGCGAUGCUGUUCGGCGUGAUGGAGGGUCCACCGGCGCUGCGUUGGUUGCAAUAUUUGAUCAGCGGUAUUGUUAAUGUAAUGCUAUUCGCCAAUCACUUCGGCACUUGUUGUGUCUAUGUGGUGUUCAUAGCGAAUUGCUUGAAGGAUUUCGGUGAUUACUAUUGGGAGGAGCAUGACAAUCGCAUUUAUAUGGCAAUGGAAAUUGUGCCGUUAUGUCUGAUAUUCCUCAUACCCAACUUGAAGGCGCUCACACCAUUUGUGCUUAUCGCGACUAUAUCUUUAAUAUUUGGCUUCGGCAUUUUAUUCUACUAUAUCUUCACGGAUAUGCGCCCGUUCUCCGAGAUGGCUGUAGUGCAGGACAUUUACUACUUUCCAUUUUUCUUUGGCGCCACCAUGUUUGCUAUGGAUUCGCCCGGCUUGAUUGUUUCCGUGGAGGCGAAUAUGAAAAAUCCCUUACAUUUUCGACGCAUCUGUGGCGUUUUUGUGCUAGCCAUGCUGUUCGUUGUUGUUUUCCAAAUCAUUUUUGGCUUCUUCGGCUACUGGAGUUAUGCCGAAGAUAUUGCCUCGACUAUUCUGCAAAAUAUACCCUAUCAUACGGCACCCGCCUCAGCGGCGCGCGUAAUUUUUGCAUUUUCCAUCUUCAUCUCGCAUCCGUUGCAGGGUUACGUGCCCUUCGAUGUGAUGUGGAACAAUUGGUUGAAAGCGAAGGUGGCUGAGGAGCAUCAAUUUGUGCUCGCGAUGCUUUUUCGCAUUUGCAUCGCCCUUUCUUCCGUGCUCAUCGCCAUCUCGUGUCCCUCAUUGACUGUCAUACUCUCGCUAGUUGGCGCCUUGUGCAUGUCUUUUCUGGGCUUAAUUUUGCCUGCUAUUCUGGAUAUUUGUGUGAAAUACGAAACCGGCUAUGGCCCCGUAAAAAUUUAUCUGCUGACGAGUUUGCUGGUGGCGCUUCUUGGUUUGGUCGGCGCUAUAAUUGGUACAUAUGUGUCCAUACAGGAGUGGAUUUUUACGUAUACCCGCGAAGAUCACACGAUGAAGGCUAUAUAUUAUGGUGUUUUUAAUGAAAAAUAUACUGGUUUGAUUUAA